AUGGACGUCCACGCGCUCGCUCGACGGUGCGCCGAUGCCUCGGACGACGACGCCGACGACGCGUGCGCGGCGACGGUGGCGUCGGCGUGCGCGCGCGAUCGAGAAACGAUGGUACGCGCGGUGAUGGGCAUGGAAAGCAUUCUGUGCGGGACGGACGCGCGGGCGCGGCGACGGGCGACGUCCAUCUUAGCCGCGGCGACGGCGCGGUGCGUCGAUGACCUGGACGCGCGCGGUGUCGAUGCGCUCUGUGGAUUCUUCGGCGGACGCUUGGGAGAUCACGCGAGUUGCGGGGCGGCGGCGCGCGGGGCGGCGGCGAGCGCGAGACGGGCGAGCGAACGGGCGGUCGAGGAGGUUUCUCGAGCGUUGUUCACCGACGCGCGACCGCAGAGCCUGAGACAGAGUGAUCGUGAGUCGUGCUUGGGGUUGGCGAACGCGUUGAUGCGUGACGAGCGAACGGCGAGGGCGUGCGCGCGAGGCGCGGGUGAGGGCGACUUUGGCGAAGCCGUCGCGCGAAUGGUGAGCGCGUUCGAUGGCGAGAAGGACCCGAGGUGCGUGUUAGCUUUGGGUGAGUUUUGGGAGCUCAUGCCUCGAGCGUUCGAGCUCUGCGGAGAGGCCGCGAUGAAGGCGUACGAGGAGAAUGCGGAGGAAUUGUACGACGUCGCGGCGAGUUACUUUCCAGUGAGCUUCAAGCCGCCGAGAGGCGAUUCGGUGAAGAUUUCGCGAAGGCAGCUCGCGGAGGCUGUAGAGCGGGCGAUGACGGCGUCGCCGUCAUUCGCCCCGUGGGCGAUCUCGCACGCGUUGGAGAGUUUGAACCCAUCUCUUGGACCUGGGAAGAUGGCGGACGCCGCUCGCGCGGUGCGAGCGAUGGGCGAAAAGUGGGGACGUCGCGUGAUGGAGGAAUAUUUGGACUUAAUCUGGCGCUCCAUGCGUGCGGCGCUGUCGCAUCCGAACGCGACGAAGAUGGAAGAGGAUGACGACCCGCGAGCGACGACGCCGAUGGCGGUGAUGACGACGAUGUUUGCGAGCGAUUUCGGCGGCGGCGCUCUCUCUCGCGCGGCGUUGACGGAUCAGAGCGUGCGAGAUGCCGAGGCCGCUCUGCGUCGUCUCGCGAGCGAAACCGCGUCUAAGGGGACGUGUUCUAUGGAAGUCGAUGGCAGCGACGGGUGCUGCGGCGGAGGAUGCGGCAGUGGCGGGGACGACGACGCGACGACUGGACGAGUCGUGGCGGCGUCCGCGAGCCGCGUGCUCGGCGCCGUCGCCGCGGCCACGCCCGCGCUCGCGUGCGAGGUCAUUCAGGUGACAUUGAAAAGGAUCUUAGAUGCGGCACAGAUUUCUUCGGACAGUACGGCGUCCAAGGCUGCGUACGCAUCGCUCAUUCUCGCCACGCCCGCAAUUGGCGGUGCUUUGGAUUGCUGUGAACGAAACGCCGAGAUAGGCGUUCGAGUGAGCGUCAUGGGGGACGAGAGCGAUCGACUAGUGCGUCUGUUCUCCUCCGCGGCUCUCGGUGAGAUCAAUGCGCAGAACGUGAGCGAGGUAAUCAUCCUGGGAUUGGCUGGGUUACACAUGAUGUGCAAAUUUCCAUCCGGGUUUGGAUUGGCGAGCGAAACUGCUCGCGUCGCCGUGACGAGCAAUUUGUUGGAUGCCAUCGUAUGCGAUCACGCGGAUGAAUCCGAGGACGACGUGGACAUCCGCAUAGAGCGUGCGGUCGAUGCGCUCGUCGCAGCAGUGAGUCAUGGAGAUGAAAAACUCACCGCCGCCGUGUCAACGGGCACCGUGUUGCGACUCGCCGAUAAAAUUUCGGUGGACAAUGUGCGGAGCGUCUCGGGCGAGCGAGCGAUUCGCACUCUGGUGGCGAUCGCCCACGCGAACGAAGCGAUCCGAAGCGACGUCGCGCGAUUAUUUUGCGACGUCACGCGCGAGGCACUUUCGGCGAACAACUUUGAGGCGGCGAGCGAUUUGAUCAACGCGAUGUGCCGAGACGACGACGGAGUCCUCACUCGUUUCAUGUCCGGUGCGAACGCGCAAACGGCGUGCGAGACGCUCGUCGAUUUUUGUCUCGACGAGUGUGAUACGUCGGGAAGUUUCGCGGCGAACGGAGUGCGCGUUGUCGCAAGUGCGAUGGCGAACUGCAACGCUGAGGCGCAAGCGCGACUGGCCGCGCGAGCGUUCGACAUUGAAAACGACAAACCUGAGAUGUCGUGCGCGGUCAUCUGCGGUCUUCGCCCUGAUGUCGUCUUCGACGUCUCACGUCUACAGGAUGUUCUCAAGUCUCUCGUGGAUCGCGCGACGACGUCCACUGAUCAUGGAAUGCGAGCACAACUGGUCGCCGCCGCGUGCGGUUCAGUCGUGCGCAAGUUUCCUAAUAUCGAGUUCGCAAUGCCAUCGCAGGAUCUAUCGAACCAAGGCGUAGUGUUGAUCCAUGGAGCGUGCAUGCGCGCGCGCGUCAUGCGCCGGGAUGUUUCUCCCGAGUUCGAAGCAGUCGUGUCUCGUCUCAUCACCGCACUCGAUGUGACUUUGACAAACGACACUCAUGCGGCGAAAGGCGCCGCGCGCGCGCUUGGAAUGGCGGUCGGAUUCGAUGCCGAACAACGAAUGCUCGCGCUCGGCUUGCGUCCGUGCACGCAUGCAAAUGAGAUGUUUUUGGCGAAUCAACGAUUCUUCACGAAAAUCGCGCCGGUGCUCAUCGCCAGCGCUCGCGGCUCCGUCGGAGAGGCUCGUCUAUUUUGCUCUUAUGCGGCGACCAAGCUCGCGGGCGGCGUUCCCGCCUCCGUCGCACUGAACGAACAGUUCGAUCUGUUCCCGUUCUUGUCGGACGUCUUGAUUGCGCUGACGACGGGUUCGCUCGGGCACGACGUCUCCUCGACGCGCACGGCGCUCGAUCUUGUGAGCGCCCGGCUCUCCAAUCCUGCGCUCGGCGGCGGUGCGGACGUUGUCGAGCUGCACGCUGUGUCUCUCAUCCAAGCCCUGUGCGACAUCGCGGUCGAGCGAGACGGAACGAUGACCAUGGACAUCCGCGAACGCGCCCUCGACGCCCUCUUCGCGUCGUCGACGCUCAAAUUCAGCGUCACGUUUCCCGUUUGCGAUCGAGCGCUCCAAGCCGCCGAGUUCGCGUGCGAUGAUCCAAAACGUCGCGUUCGCCGAAGCGCCGCGCGCGCGCGCCAGGCCUGGAUCGCGUUAUCGUCCAAAUAG